AGAAGAAGUAGAGUGACACUCUUCGCUUCUACCAUGGCUUUACUCCAAUUUGCUCAAACAAUGUCCUGAUAUAUGUCAUAUGAUUUUUUUGGAAGUGUUUAUUCCGACUCCUGCUGUGUAAAAAACUCUAUUUUCCGUGAAAAUACAUUUGAACUUGCCUCUCGUAUAAAAAAAAAUUUUUUUUAACAAAAUUUGAAUCGACACUUAUAUAUAAGUUGUAGUCUUUCAAUUAGUUUUCUUAGAUUCAGCAAAUAGCUGUCGAGUUCGCCAUCUACCGAAUAUCGUAAACAGGGCGCUGAGUAUACUGCAUCAUCAUUCCAGCGCUCUGACAUCUCUACAGCGGCUUGGAAUCGAUUACACUUAAAAUUUAAAAAGUCUUCCUCUACACUGCCACUACAAUGGGUGUCCAAGGAAAAACUGUAGAGGCUAUGGAGGUCGAGGUUUCAAAUCCAGAAGCUCCUAAUGGUGAAGAAGCUGAAAAGAAGGAUGUUGAUCUCAUCACUAUCCAUGAUCUGCGAGAACACACAAGACAGAUUGAAAAAGCUGUACUCAACAAAGAGCCCAGAUUUAUUCUUAGAGCUUUGAGAGCUUUACCAAAUACAAGACGCAAGCUGAAUCCCAUUGUCCUCCGUGGUAUCAUUGGUGGAUUUUACACAAAAUCAGCAGCAGAAAAAGAAGCUCUUUUAGCAUGGGUUGAAGAGCCAAUGGAUAUGGAAGGCACACAGGCUGCCAUUCAGAGGUUUAAGAGUUCAGCUACUCCGCUAUUGCCAGAAAUUGAUGCUUAUAUUCAUUUACUUGUGCUUGUAAGAUUAAUUGAUACUAAGAAAUACACUGAGGCAGUUCAGUGCUCUGAAGCUCUUGUUCAGAAGAUUAUUGCUCAAAACCGGAGAACCAUUGAUUUGAUUGCUGCCAAAUGUUACUUUUAUCAUUCAAGAGCUUAUGAACUAACAAAUCAGUUGGACAAGAUUCGAGGUUUCCUUCAUUUGAGAUUGCGUACAGCAACACUUCGCAAUGACUUUGAAGGCCAAGCUGUUCUCAUUAACUGUUUGCUUAGAAAUUACUUGCACUACAAUCUCUAUGAUCAAGCUGACAAAUUAGUUCUGAAGUCAACUUUUCCAGAGACUGCUAGCAAUAACGAAUGGGCUCGUCAUUUGUAUUAUUUAGGUAGAAUCAAGUCUGCAAGACUAGAAUAUUCUGAUGCGCAUAAGCAUUUGGUACAGGCUAUGCGUAAAGCACCACAAACAACAGCAGUUGGUUUUAGACAGACAGUCCAAAAGCUUGCUGUGACUGUUGAACUUUUAUUGGGUGACAUACCAGAAAGACAGAUUUUCAGGCAAGCAGCUUUGAGGAGAGCUCUUGCUCCAUAUUUCCAACUCACGCAGGCUGUGAGAUUAGGAAAUUUACAGCGCUUUGGUGAAGUUUUGGAAAACUUUGGACCUCAAUUCAGAUCAGAUCACACCUUCACUUUGAUUUUGAGAUUGAGACAUAAUGUCAUCAAAACAGCUAUUCGCUCUAUUGGACUGUCAUACUCGCGUAUCUCUCCAGCUGACAUUGCUAGAAAAUUAGGAUUGGAUUCUGGAGUAGAUGCAGAAUUCAUUGUUGCUAAGGCUAUUCGUGAUGGUGUAAUAGAAGCUACACUUGAUCCUGAAAAUGGAUAUAUGCGAAGCAAGGAAACAACAGACAUCUAUUGCACUCGGGAACCUUUGCUUGCUUUCCACCAAAGAAUAACCUUCUGUUUGGACUUGCACAACCAGAGUGUGAAAGCUAUGAGAUAUCCACCAAAAUCAUAUGGCAAAGAUCUUGAAUCAGCAGAAGAGAGAAGAGAAAGGGAGCAACAAGAUUUGGAAUUGGCAAAAGAAAUGGCUGAAGAAGAUGAUGAUGGUUUCCCUUAAACUAAGAAGUUUUAAAUACUACCAAGAAGACUUCGUUUAUCUAAAAACUUUAUAUUGUUUAAUUUGAAAUACUGUAUCUGUUGUAUACUAAUAGUAAUCGAGUAUUUUUUUGAAGCUCACUAAAUAAAAUCUUAUUAUAUAAUUUGUCAAUAA